CAGCUCCAGAGGUGUUGUGUGGAAGGUCCUACAACAAGUCGGUGGACAUGUGGAGCUGUGGAGUGAUUUGCUACAUUUUGUUGUGUGGAUAUGAACCCUUCUAUGACAGUAACCAACAGAAGUUCUAUACCAGGAUACUUAAAGCUGACUAUAAAUUUGAUUCUCCGUGGUGGGAUGACAUUAGUGACAAUGCUAAGGAUUUCAUCUCAAAGAUGCUUCAGAAAGACCCCAGUAAAAGGAUAACAGAGGUUCAAGCUUUGAAUCACCCCUGGACAAAAGGGACAGCAGCCAAGGGAGAGCACAUGGCAGAGACUCACAAGAAAAUCAAAGAAUUCAAUGCUAAGAGGAGACUUAAAGCAAUCACAGAGACUGUACUUCUCACAGCAAGGGCAACUCGCCUUCCUACGAAUAUGACGGCGCCAGAAGCUCCCAACCCACUUGCCUCCGUCCUGUUGAAUAAUGCCAUAUUUGAGCCACAGCAAUUGCAGCAAACAACCAAAGAUCAGGAACCCAUGGACCUGUAACAUUGUGUCUUCCUUGUGGAAUAACAUGCUGCUGAUGUUCUAUUCAUGUUCAGUAUCCAUCCAGCUUAACAUUCUCAGACAGUGGUCUAGCUACCAGGAGGGACUGGAACAAUGAUCAACCAGCACUCAUAGGAACUAGUGUGUAACAACAGCCAUCUCAGAACUGUGGACAGCACUGUCUUUCAGCCAUCUUAGAGACUUGGACAAUAUUGUCUAAUAGCUGUUUUAAUUAUUCUUAAGCAAUAUUGAUUAACAAUUCUAUCAGUGAUUUGGACAAUACUAUUGGACAUGUCAGCUCCCUUAAAAAUGUGGCCAAUACUGUCUUCAAGACAAACAUGCAGAGAUAAGACAGUACUGUCAUACACCCCUCUUAGACACUUGGACAAUACUGUAAAUGUUCUGAGGGUGACAAUGGAGGUUUAACCAAGUGGUAGUAAUUUGUACAUGUUUGGUGAAUCAAUAACCUUGUUAAAUCUGUGUGUGACCUCUAACAUGACUGUUGACCUCUAACCUCUGAUUGUGAUAACUUUAUUCCAUUUGUUACUUGCUUUAUUCCGUCCAGUUGUAAAUGUAUUGUGAAAAUAUUUUCAAUGUCUAAGAUAUAUCGAUAUUGAUUCUGUACAAAUAUGAUGAUGCAAUCAUUUAUUUUAAUAUUUUUUUCUUGUGGAUGGAAGGGUUGUUUUGUGUUAACAUUUGUACAUGGUACAAAAAUUCACAUAAUUUUUUAAAGGUACGUAGCUAUAGGUAUUUUAUUUUUUUGUAGCCAUUUUUUAUGUAUAUUUUUAACAGUAACAUUUAUAUUUAUUGUGCAAAUAUACAUGGAAUCACAUAUGUAUUAAAUAGGUUUAUUAGAUUUGUCUUUUGAACAGUUUGUUUAAACCACAAGUUUUGACAUUCAAUACUUUCACAAAUAUUAUGCUAAUACAAGAAUGUACAUUUUAAACUGUUUAAAAUCAUAAUUCUUUUUCUAACAAUUUUUCAUGAAAUUGCUUAUCUAUGCAUUUACAUGUAAAUUAAUUUCAUUCUAAACAGAAAAAAUAGCCAUCCAAUAUAGCCAGUCAUUUAUUGGAAAGUAAUUUUGGAAUUUUACAAAUCUUUAGUUAGAUCUCCAAAGAUGUUAAUGAUGGAUUCCUAGAUACACAGUAGCUACUUGGGUGUAUGUAACUUUGUCUUCAAAAUCAAAACCUCUGGCAUUUGAUAGCUAGAUCAUUAGAUUUUAAAUUGCCUAAUUCUGUACAAAUCAUGGAAAAUUUACAAAAGAAAUUGGCUACAACAAAUUACCGGUAUAUGUUUUUUUUUAUAUUGCGGUAUACAGAGGUAAGAAUAUCUACAUUUUGUAUCAGCAAUUACAUAUAAAUCAGAAAUGAGGAGACAUGAGAACUUGCAAAAAAACAGUAUAUAAGAAAAGUUCUGACUUAUACAUGCAAUCACUUAGAAGAUAUUCUAUAAAAGACAAUUGCAAUAGACAUCAUCAGUUCAAGUUUGGUCUAUCUGGCACUUUGUGCAAUCUUACUAUGUUAAAUCAAUCACUGCUUAAGUGACAUUCAAAUUAUUUUUUAUUUGAAUAGGCUAGGAAAUGUACCAUGUGAUAUUAUAUAAUUACAAAACUGAUGAAAUUAUAAAAAUCAUAUUUUCAACUACACUUUUUAUAUCUUUAUAAAAACAAAACAAUGCUGUUGUUUAUUCUAUAAAUUUUAUGAUUGUGUAUUGAAUCUAAAUCUAUUGUCAGAUUGUAGAGUAAAUUGAACUACAGUAAUUUUUCUGAUGAAUGGUCUGAUACAUCUAUGUAUGUAUACGGUUAUGAUUCAUGUACGGUAUGUAUUAGGAAUAUUACUUUUCAUUUACAUCUUGUAUUUGUAAAAGACUCUUUGAUCCAAUAUAAAUGGCUGUGAAAGUAACUGUUGUAAUACCUGUACAAAUAAAAUUGUCAGUUAUAC